AGUUGCAUGUUCGCGACUCGAUUUUCGGUUCGGUUUACUCAUUGUUGUUCUGUUUUUCAGUUUUUCUGUUUUCUCUGUGUGUUUUCCCUUUUUUCCCGAAUUUUUUUAUAUAUUUUUUUUGGGCCGCUCGCGUGCGCUGUGCAUAUUUUAAAAACCUCCUUCCCCUGCCAACCCCUUUUUACCACCCACUUUUACCGCCCCACAGAAAAACAACCAGUGAAUUCUAAUUAAGUGUGCGCGCUAAUGCGUUAAACGGUUCUGCAAUUUGUUUUUAAGCCAAAGACUUUCGCCUUUGUAUCUGUAUCUGUAUCGGUAUCUGUUACUGUUUCUGUCUCUGUUUGAGUGGGAAUUACAUUUAUAAUUGCGCUUAAUCAGUCGAUUACUGUCAUCGCAAACACGGGAAAGCCAAAGACCCACCGCAGCGUUCGAUGACCACACAAAUGAGUGCCAGAUCGAACUGAGGCCGAUUUGGGAUAAGACACGCUCCCCCAAUUACCUGUCACUGACCCACUUGGCCAGUCAGCCAGCGAAACCAGAGAGGCCCAAAGAAGAGGAGGAGCUUCGACAGUAUCGUCAUCGCAAACAGGAGGAACCUUCACCAUGGGCAAGAAGAACUCGAAGUUGAAGCAGGACACCAUCGAUCGGCUGACAACAGACACAUACUUCACUGAAAAGGAAAUUCGUCAAUGGCACAAGGGCUUUCUCAAAGACUGUCCGAAUGGCUUGCUGACCGAACAAGGCUUCAUCAAAAUCUAUAAGCAAUUCUUCCCCGACGGAGACCCCAGCAAAUUUGCCUCCCUGGUCUUCCGUGUCUUCGAUGAGAAUAAUGAUGGCGCCAUUGAGUUCGAGGAGUUUAUUCGGGCCCUGUCCAUAACAUCACGCGGCAAUCUGGAUGAGAAGCUGCACUGGGCCUUCCGAUUGUACGAUGUGGACAACGAUGGCUACAUAACCCGCGAGGAGAUGUACAACAUAGUGGACGCCAUCUACCAGAUGGUAGGCCAGCAGCAGCAGACGGAGGACGAGAACACGCCGCAGAAGCGGGUUGACAAGAUCUUCGAUCAGAUGGACAAGAACCACGAUGAUCGCCUGACGCUCGAGGAGUUCCGCGAGGGCAGUAAAGCUGAUCCACGUAUAGUGCAGGCGUUAAGUUUAGGUGGUGAUUAACCGCGGGACCUGUAGUUGCGCGGAGGAGGGGCGGGGAGGGAGCGAUAGUGACGGUGAUAGGAGACAGCGAGUCAACGAUCCGAAGGGUCAAAGGUCGCCCCACAAGCACGCCCCUACAAGCACGCCCACACACCCGUGUCCCACAUGCCAUUUGACCUUUUGGGAGGCACUUCGUUGGCCCCCAUCCUCCCGCUCCCCCUCCCCCCCACACACACACAUACACACAAACAAAAAAAGUUAGCCCCUUGAAAACUCGUCUUAAGUGAAAUUCCAAAUAAUAGCAAAUUAUUUACGCAUAUACAUAUACAUAAACUUUCAAUUAACAACAGCCAAGCCGCAUAAAGCUAAACAAAAAAAACAAAAAUGGUUCAAAAAAUUCGCAAGCUAAAUGAAAACAAAAAGAACACCAAUUUAAGUCAAAGAAACGCUUUUUUAAAAAAUAUUGAAUAUAUAUUUAUGUGUGUGCAGCAAGUAUGGAUACAUAUAGGGAUUAAAUAAAAGAAAACCUACUUAAAUUAACUAUUAGGCACUUGCUCCAUAAUGAUCUUAGGCAUUUUUAUUGAAAUGCUUGCCAAGCAAACGAUAAAUUCGAAUUAACAACUAUUGAUAAGUACCACCAGCCAAGCGAUAGCGAUAGCCGAUUAAUUAGGCCAGUGCAUAGUUGGAAUUUUUUGCGAAAACCAAUAAUCAGAGUCAUGUGAGGCUACAGCUAAUCUACCUAAAUAUGGAUAAUACUUAGUGCAGCGCCGACUAAGCUGGUACUUAUACUUAAACAUGCAUAUAUACGGAUACUUAUCCGAUACCAAUUCGCUAUUGGCUUAGACGCCCCGUCGAUCGAUUAAUUUUGCCGGGCCAGCUGUUCAAACUGUUGAUAAUCGAACGUGUUGAUAAUCGAAAAAAGCUUAAACUACGCUAAAGACUCCACACACUCACACACAGAUCUAUUUACUCUCUAGCUAACCAGAUAACCCAGAUAGCCCUAUAACCUAGAAAUGCCCCUCAGAGGGGGCCGAAAAGUUGUGGACACACUUGCAUGUGGAUAACCUAGCGAUAACCAGCAUGCGGCUUAAGUGCUCCUCUUGGCUCCUCCGAUUCUUCAUUCUUCAGUCUUCAGUCUACAUCCCUCACUCUUCCCCCAUUGAGCUUGACAAUCAACUUGUUUUUGCAGUGGACCAUGUAAUGGUCCACCUCACUCUGUCACCUAAAGAUUUAAUCAUGUGAAGGACCAGAGGAGUCCACUCUUAGAAGAAUCUUUGAUAGAACUUGAACCCUUUUCUAUGUGUUUAUUGUGCAUGCCUUAUCAGAGCAACGAUAAUAUCAAAUUGUGUAUUUCUACUUGUAUUUGUACUUGUUUUUACACCUCACCAGAGCUUGAAAGUAUAUCGUAUGGGGGAGAACCCCUCUAAUGCCUUAUAAACAAACAAACUACAACUAUCGCCCCAUCAUCGACUCACUCUCUAUCUCUCUCUAUCGCUCCAUCUCUCUCUGAUACACACACACGAUUUUCCUUUUGGUUCUCUUUCGUUUGAUGAGCUGCUUCUUCUUCUAUUUCGAAAGAAGAGCCAUCUAAUCACCAGGCUAAAAUAAUUUCUAUAUUUUAUAUGUGGUUCAGCUUUAGAUCGUAAACGAAAAUUGAUUGUAAAGAUACUUUCUCUGUAGCCAGUUAACUGAACACGUUUAUAAGAACCCAUAUCCAACUAUCCCUGUCUAUCCCUCGCUCUCAUAAGCAUUAUUCCCCAAUUAUGGUUGCCCUGUAGAAAACUCCUUGGGUUAGCUAUAAAUUCUGCUUCCUGCUUAGAAAUCCCCAAAAUCUACCAAAUUUGCUAACUGAAGACGUUUGCUUGUCGCUGAGGUUUCAGAUUGGAUCGGCCCUAGAUAAUGCUUGUCUCAUCCUCUCUGACACCAAAAUUCCGAUUCCAAAUCCGAUUCCGAGGUUUCCCACAUAUUUUUUUGUUUGCCCAGCACCCGAAACAUAUUUAUAGUUGUACACUCGUAUUUAAAUAUACCUAGAUAAUGGCCAAAUAAAUUGAUAUACACACUUAUAUAUAUAGGAAGAGAAAUAUAUAUAUAAAUAUAUAUAUACACACACAGAUAUUGAUAAUUAUAUAUACAUCUAUUAUUAUAUAGAAGUCCCCAUUUGUAUUUUACUUGUGCAAUUUGCAAAUUGUUUUUGCAUAGAUUUAUUGUUGGUAACGAUUUGAAUUUAAGAAGACACUCACACCUACACUGCACAAGUUUGCAUGCCUUCCUGUCCUCGAAAAAAAAACCAAAAAUAAAGCAAGCGAAGCUGAGAAGAUAUCGAUAUCUAUAUAUACGAAACUAUGAAUAUACCUAUACAUAUAUGCAACAGAUACAAAUCAACAGGUCGAUGGAAAACCAAACUAAAACAAACUGCAGCAACAAUCAAUUUUCGCGCUUCUUACACUCAAACUCUAAAUUAUUGUGAGCUACAUAUUUGUACAUAGAGCGGCGUAAAGUUUGAGAACCCCGACAUAAAUCCAACCUAGGCUCUAAGAAAACGACAUUCUCACGGCCAGACACUCACACGUAUUGCUAUAAAAGCUAAUAGAAAGCUUAAGGAUAAUCUCAAAAACCACUUUUGUCGACUACUCUAUUGAUAUGUAUUUUUUUGGGUAUCUAGUAAGCUACUACAUUGUUAACGUUAACGAUACUGAUAA